AUGGUGAUAAGUACCGGGAUGUACAUUGCAACUAUCGUCACAGCAGUUAUCAUCGUGGUGACUAUUCCCGGCUGUCUCCUCACUAUCGUCACCAUCUCAACACGCCCAAACCUGAGGAAGCUGGUCAACGUGCCUCUGGUCAGCCUCAGCUGUGCAGACCUCCUCUUCGCCAUCUGUGGCCCCGCCCUGUGGAUCUACCACUACCUGCACCCCCAAUGGGAACCGCCAGGGGCGCUGUGUUGGUUUGAAGCGUACACCACUCCCGCAUUGUUUGCGGUAUCGAUUGGCCACAUGUUGUGUAUCGCUCUUCAGCGGUACUUCAAUGUCUGUACCUACAGUACAUGUCUGAAGUCUACGCGUGUCCUCAUCGCUAUGCUUUCGCUCACAUGGCUGCUCCCAUUCGCUUUCCUCUUGCCUUUAAGCGUCCUUUCUGAGACAAAAGUUGACCCAAAGACUAAACGAUGUGCUACAGCGGGAUCUACAUAUCUAUGGGCAAAGAUUAUCCCAGCUAUCUUUGUCUAUAUCACCCCUUACGUGGCGUCCUUUGUCUGUUACGCUCUCAUCCAGAUGCAUGUUAGGAAGAGUAAGAACCGGGUCAAGGCCCACGCCGGGCACCACUCAAACCGAUUGGCAGUGCAGUUCUCAAAAGGAGAGCGAGGCGGCGCGCAUGUGAAGGGUAACGAUGCGGUCCCUUCCACUUCCACUGCAACCGUCCAAACUACACAUGCUUCGCGAAAGGCAGACGACGGUGGGGUUUGGAUGGGGUACGACAGCUCUUCAUCAAGUGAUGAGGACCAAAACGUAGAGGAACAGAAUAAGCCAGAUAAAACCAAAGUUUUCAUCCUCGUCGCUCCAGCCUCUGACCAGCCACGAACAGAUAAUAACCAACAUGCCAGUCAGGGAAGUAGUUCUCAAAGCAAUGCAGCCGAAAGGCAGAUCACCAAAAUGAUGAUGACACUCUUCGCUGCUUUCACGGCGUGCUGUUUGCCUAUGAUCUUGAUGGUAUUGUUUUACAACAAGGUGCCAUCCGAAGCUGUAAUGGUCGCUUCUACCCUGGUGGCUCUGAACGGCGCCUUGAACCCAAUCGUGUACGCCUGGAGGUCAAGGGACUAG